CGCCAGAUCGGUUGACAUCCACCGCGUGCGACGAAAUCUCUUUGAAUCGCAUCGGAUUCCAUCGCACAGCAUCGCCCACGGAAACAAGUAGACCUAUAGCCGGGACCGUCUCGACACGAAGCGCAACACAACACAACGCAACACAGCUCGGCACAACAAUGGAAACGUCCGCAAAAGUAACGCUGUUCGAAGAUAUAUUCGAGGUCACGGCCCUGAACCCCGACGGAUACAAGUUCGACCGGGUGAACCGGAUCCAGGCCGUCGGGACCACCUUCGAGUGCGACCUCCUGCUGGACAUCAACUGCGAGAUCUACUCGCUCCGGGAGCACGACAAGGUGACCCUGAUGCUGGCGUCGACGCUCCACCUGGACGGGAGCCCCGCCGACCACUUUUCGUACACGCCGAGCUCGGAACCGACCCUCGCGGACAACUACGAGUACGUCAUGCACGGGCGGGUCUUCGACAUCAGCUACAAGAAGGACGGAACGGCGGUGCUGGCCCUGAGCUUUGGGGGAUUGCUCAUGAGACUGACCGGGGACCAGAGGCACCUGGCGAACGUGCUUCCGGACAUGAGGUUGUACUUGCUGCUCAAAAAGGACUAAACAAUAUAAUUCUACUACGUAA